AUGUCGUCAGGUCAGAGACUAUCGAGGCAGCAGAAGGAGAAAUCAGUUGCGGAGACGUCGGCUCCGGCUAGGAAUCCUGACGGCGGUUGCAUCGGGGACCUCGAAUCGGCUCAUCAUACGGCGAUGAUGGAUACAGUCAAUUUGUCUCGCUCCCAGAGGCUUUUAGUCGCAGAUGCGACGAGGCUUGCGAGAGAAGGAAGUGAGAAUGUCGCUGUGAGGGACGCGACGGAGUACGAUCCUUUGGAAGACGACGAUUCUGAAGCCGAGUUGUUUCCGACGACCUUCUAUCCCGAAGGGAUUUUCGAGGAGCUUCCACGACUACAUCCUGACUUAUUGCGCCCUGCUUUUGUGGCUGGUCAAGAUUGGGACGGUGUGGAUGAGACUAAGUCGACCCCGAGGAGAGUGAAGAGGGUUCUUCGGGCCAAGAACGCUACAGGCGUGACCUUCCUCAUUCCUACGAAGGAGCAGAGGCCUUGGUCUCCUCCGAUCGGGUACCAAACGAUAUACGAGUCCUAUUUCCAGGAUGACACUCGCUGUUGGUUCCCCAUCCCGCGACUGAUCACCGCGUACGCUAGGCGGCGAGAUCUUGCGAUUAGUCAGUUACUGAACGGCUCGCUACGAUUAGCCGUCACCUUAUCAGUUCUGGCGGAGCAGAUUGAUAUGCCGAUGAGCGUCAGGUCGUUCGAGGAGAUGACCUCGAUAACCGACAUGAAAGACGGAACCUACUCGGUGAAGAUGCGACCAAACUGCAAUAUGUGCGCUGUUGGCCAUCCUACGUCUCCGGUCAAUCCCGAAGAUUUCCUGAAGAGCGUUCGAGCCGUCGCCUUGCUUCGAAUCUAUCGUUGGUCCGAGAUCACCGUCGAGAAGAUUUGUGAAUUUAAGGACCGGAUCGCUCGACGAGAGUGGAGAUCUGAUCUUUCGACAGUUCUUCCUAUUCGCACUAAGCGACUAGACAUCUUCCCGAGGGACAUCCAGAAACAAGUUUCCGAGGCAAAGAGGAUUGGAACUCUUCCUGACUUAAGCGCGAUGCUAGCUUCCCAGCUAGGGCUGACUAGCGGGCAAGGGCCCUCGACGGUGGUUCCUCGCGUUGAUGAGGUCCCCCCUUCCGAUGCUAGAAAUGCGGGGAAGGGUAAGAAAAGGAAGAGAGGUGGCUCGGGAGUCCAUGGGAGCGUUGAGGAGACGAGCGUCGCUCCUCCUUCUGGUGAGCCCCAGAAGAAGAAGAAGAAGAGAAGGACAAAGAAGAAGUCCGCUGACGAAGAGUCAGAGAAUCCCGAGGAACUGACUGAAAUAGGGGAGGGAGAUGUUCAGGAAGAAGAACUUCGACCCGAAGAAGAGGUUCUCGAAGGUGAGACCUCAGGAGAAAAAGACGACGAGGAGGAAGCCGUCGAAGAAGAGGAAUCCGAGGCUUCCCUCGGCGCUGCCCACUCGGCCGAUCCCGAAGAGGAGUCUGAGGGGUCGCCACUUCUGAUAAGGGGGCGCGGCGAUGAAGUUGGCAGCGAGGCGCGAUCUCCCGAUCCAAUAUCUCCUUACGAAAGGGCUCCGGCUCGUCCUAAUGACGGGGCCGUCCAGAUUGGUACCUCUUCUCGCGGUGACGCCGUCCUGAGGAGGGUUCCCGGAGUUAGCUUUCCCAAUAAGGUUGACUUUCAUUACGAGGGACCAGCUCCUUUGGCGUACGUUCCGGAGAAAUGCGGGGAACUCCUUCGUCAAUUAAGGGGAAGGGCGAAACCCCUGCCUGCUGUGAAGGACCUCAUCUUCGGGGGCGAGUACGAGGAGGCUGCGAGGGCCAAGCUGUUGCGUCAGUCUCUUAUGGUUUUCGUCGCUUCGCAUGUUCAGGGGGAUAGCGCGAUUAAUAUCGUGAUCGAAAAAUACGAUACUGCCCUGAAGGGAUCUUUGAAGGAACUCAAGCUCGGCGUAUUUCUUUUCUUGCUCGGCGAAUAUCUCGAUAGUGGCUUGCGAGAUGUCGGGAGACUUAACGGGUUAGUUACUCGCACUAUUGCUCGAAGGGACGAGCUCAAAGCUGAGUUAGAGGCAUCCCAAGGAGUCGUCCGUGAGCUUGAGCGAAAGAACGCCGAGCUUGAAAGUGAGAAGGCUUCACUCGCUGCAUCCCAUGAAAGAGAGAUGAGGCGCCUUAGAGAUUCCAGAAUCCUGGAAGUGACGAGGGAAAGAGGAAGAGAUGAGGCCGAGAUGGCCGCGAAAGAUAAUCUUCGCUUCGCUAAGAUUCGCUCCCGAGAAGAGCGACGAGGUCCUUACGAGGAGGCCCUGUUGCUUCAUAGCCAAGCCUUCGGAUCCAGGAAAUGCCUUGAGGCCUUAAAGAGGGCUGGGAGCGACAUCUCGCAAGCCACUAUCGAGAUAUUCGCCGAGCAAGAAAAGAAAUACGAGCAGGAAGCCGAGAAGCUCAAGGUGGGCGAGAUACCCGAGGGAGAUCUCACACUUUCUCCUCUUGUAUUGGACUCUCAGUUUGUGGAUGCUCGAUUCUUGGCGAGUCUCGAUCCGUAUGGGUCCAACGCUGGCUUGAUCGAUCCGGAGACUGCAGCGAGUCUUCACGUUCCGCCUACUCAUCCGACCAAAGAGUGA